AUGUCGUUUGCCCCUCCUUCUUCCCCUCCCCCUCCCCAAGUCCCGGAGGGGUGGAAAGCCCAAUAUCAUGAUGGCUACAAGCAAUGGUAUUUUGUGGAUUUGAGUACCGGUGUUUCCCAGUGGGACGCUCCUCCAGUAUCUGCCGACGCUCCUCCAUCAUAUGAAGCAUCAGGCUCCAGUGGCCCAGCUGCCCCCAUCACUUCCACUACAGAUCAAAAGACACGACCAGAAUCCCGUCCGUCUGAACUUGAAUCGAAUAACCCUUACAAAGCUCAUGUCACUGGAGGUUCAAGCUCAAACAACCUCGCAGUAUCAGAUAAAAAGAAUCCAGUCAUCGCUUCAGACUCCAAAAGCAACGUGGACGAUGAUGCUAAAUUAGCUGCGGAGCUACAGGAACAAGAAAAUGAGCGCGCUAGGAAACAAGGUUAUGACUCCGUGCUUGAAGCGAAUAAUACACCCGCGAACAACGCAAGGGCUUCUGACCAGAAUCAAAAUUAUGCGGCAAUAUCUCCGACCCCUUCUCCCUUUCCCCCUCAGCAGGAGACGACCCGUGGAAAGAGUGGAAAAGGUGGAUUCCUCGGGAAAUUGUUGAACAAGGCCAAACAGUCCUCAUCGCCCCGGCCCUACAGUGCGCCACCAGGACCGCCCCAGCAACAACAGCCUGGUUAUUAUCCUCCACCACAACAACCAUACGGCGUCGCCCCCCUUCAAGGCGGGUAUGGUCAACCAUUAUACCAGCAGCCAUACCACGCUGGUCCUCCGCCUGCCGUACAGUCAGGCAGGAUGGGUGGUGGGCGUGGUGCUGGUAUGGGAAUGGCAGGUGCCGCAGCGUUGGGUCUGGGUGGAGGAAUGUUAGGUGGCGCGUUACUGGCUAAUUCCCUUGGUGGUCAUCACGAUUAUGGAAAUGGAUACCAGGAUGGGUAUGCUGAUGGAGGUGGAGACUAUGGCGGAGAUUUUGGCGGAGGGGACUUUGGUGGGGGCUUUGAUUAA